AGGCCGCAGGUGCAGAAGAGCAGCCGCUUGUGUCGGCUCGGCAUCGCGCUCCGCUGCGGCCCGGGAAACCAGAGGCGCCGCUGACGUCACCGUCGCCCUGACGACCGCGAGCGGCGGCGGCGGCCACCUGUUGCCGGGAUGGUGACGUCAGAGCCGCGGCGAGGGUUUGAGGGCGGGUUCCCCGCCUGACGUGACGCCGCCCACGCGGGCUGCGCCGCUUGGCGCCAUUUGUUCGGCGGGAGCGCAGCGGGAGACAUGAGGACGGUGGCGCUGCUCUGCUGGCUGCUUCAGGCGCUGGGACUCCGCGCCCUGCCUCCGCUCCACGGGAGCCUCAGCUCGCCCAACUUUCCCGAGGCCUACCCUCCGGACUCGGCGCGGCUCUGGAACCUCAGCGUCCCGCACGGCUUCCGGCUCCAGCUCUACUUCAGCCACUUCCACCUGGAGCCGUCCCACCUGUGCCAGUACGACUACGUCCAGGUGGAGGCGGAGGGUCAGACGCUGGCGCUGUUCUGCGGCCGCGAGGACACAGACACCGAGUCUGUGCCGGGCACUGGGGUCAUCACGUCACCUGGAACCUCCCUGUCCGUCUCCUUCCGCUCCGACUUCUCGGACGAGGAACGUUUCUCGGGCUUCCUGGCUCACUACAGUGCCACAGACGUGGACGAGUGCGAAGGUGCCACGGAGCAGGACCCGCCCUGCGAUCACCUCUGUCACAACUACAUCGGAGGCUUCUACUGCUCCUGUCGCCACGGUUACCAGCUGCACGCCGACAACCGCACCUGCCGAGUGGCGUGCGGCGGCCGGCUGCGGGAACCUUCCGGAGCGCUCAGCAGCGUGGACUUCCCCUCGCCGUACCCCAAGAGCUCGGAGUGUCGUCACGUGAUCCAGGUGGAGGCGGGGCUGCGGCUGCGGCUGCACUUCGACCCGCUCUUCGACGUGGAGGACCAUCCCGACGUGCGCUGCCCCUACGACCACGUCAAGAUUGAGGUGGAGGGAGGAGUCCUGGGUCCGUUCUGCGGCACCCGCUCGCCAGGAACCCUGGUGGUGGACGGGAACGUGGCAGUGGUGCUUUUUCACAGCGACAGCUCCGGAGAGAACCGCGGCUGGAGACUCACCUACUCUGCUGAGGGAAGUGGCUGUCCGCCGCCGCCGCGCCCGGCACACGGGAUCAUCAGUCCCGACCAAUCAGAGUACUCCUACAGAGACCAGGUGCUGGUCACCUGCUCGCCGGGAUUCAGGCUCCUGAAGGGAGACGGAGAAGCGGUGGAGCAGCUGCAGACCGAGUGUGGGGCCGACGGCCGCUGGUCCCAGGAGGAGCCCGUCUGUGCAGCGGCGGACUGCGGAAGGCCCCGCCGGCCCCUCCCCCGCCAGGCCAAGAGGAUCGUGGGGGGCCGAGCGGCAGAGCCCGGCUGGUUCCCGUGGCAGGUUCUGCUCAGCGUGGAGGACUUGUCCCGCGUCCCUGAAGACCGCUGGUUUGGCUCCGGGGCCCUGCUGUCCAGGUCCUGGAUCCUGACCGCCGCCCACGUGCUGCGCUCUCAGCGGCGGGACGCCAGUGUCGUGGCUGUGGCGCCCGAACACGUGAAGGUGUACCUGGGUCUGCUGGACUACCAGGACCAGGCCACGUGGUCCAGUGUCCCGGUGGAGCGGAUCCUUCUUCAUCCCGACUUUCGGCCGGACAACUACCACAGCGACCUGGCUCUGCUGAAGCUGCGCGUGCCGGCGCCGCUGAGCGACGCGGUCCAGCCCGUCUGUCUGCCGGCGCCACGGCCGCACCACCUGCCGCCCCCCGACACCCUGGGCCUGGUGGCGGGCUGGGGCCUGUCCCAGUCUGCGGCCUCGGGCAGCGGGAGCCGGCUGCAGUACGUCAAGCUGCCGGUGGUGGCGCAGGAGGAGUGUCGCGCCAGCUACGCCUCGCGCUCGCGCAGCUACAACAUCAGCGACGGCAUGUUCUGCGCCGGCUUCCUGGAGGGGGGGCGGGACACGUGCCUGGGCGACAGCGGGGGGGCCUUUGUGAUGGAGGAGGCGGGCGGCUGGGCCGUGAUGGGGCUGGUGUCCUGGGCCGGACCGGAGGAGUGCGGCAGCCGCAGAGUGUACGGGGUCUACACGCGCGUGGCCCAUUACGUCCACUGGAUACGCAACCAGACGCAGGACGCCCUCUAGUGGCGCCGCCCUUUUGUCACGUGAGCUUGUCAAAUAAACCCAAUCUCGCGAGCGA